AUGUCUUCCUGCAAAGACCUGUCUUGCCGACCCAGCCCGUGUUAUCCUGACAUAUGCCCAGAUCCGUGUGUUGUUGCCCGCAAUGAGCCUUGUAUCACCUCGUGUGCAGAUUCAACAGCAGUGGUCUAUCCACCACCGGUUUCCGUGCUAUUCCCAGGACCAAUUCUCUCUACUUCCCCUCAACACAGCCUAGUGGGAAGCACCUUACCAGCUCUACCCUAUGGAGCUGGGGGCUCAUUUGGGGGUGGUGUUUUGGGUGGCUCAAUUGGUUAUGGUGGUGGAUAUGGGGGUGCUUUAGAGGGUGGUUAUGGUUAUGGGGGCUUAAGCGGUUAUGGAGGCUCAUAUGGUUAUGGGGGCUUAAGCGGUUAUGGAGGCUCAUAUGGUUAUGGGGGCUUAUGUGGUUAUGGUGGUGGAUACGGGGGUGGCUAUGGUGGCUUAUGCGGGUAUGGGAGGAGAUAUGGGAGGAGGUGCUAUUCUUCCCGCCGUGGAAGCUGUGGCCCAUGUUAA